UCGAUGUAUCCCCUGAAAAUUUUCAAAGAGUUGGUGUCCCGGGACUGGUGCUUUUGAUCAAUUCGUAAGGCGCAUCUUUCUACUUUGUUUGUUCCCACCAGAGGGUCUCUUUUGUAACCUUGUGGUCGGUGCUGCAACCCCACAUGCUUCCUGGGACUUUCUGUAUCGAAACUUCCCAGAAAUUUCGGUUCUUGUAGUUACGCAAUAUUUUGCCACGAUGUUAGAAUGUCGAAUUCUACUGGCAGUGAAUGAAGGGUCCUGUGCAUUUCAAGGUUUCAUAUAGCUGCAUUUUGACUCCGGAGAGCAUACUUAGUGUAAAGUCUGUAGCUUCAAGUUGGAAGUGCUGGUUUUCACCCAAGUUUACACCCAAUCAUAGCCUGGGCGGUUGAGUUCUGUUCCUCUGUUCUGCUUCUUGGCAGAUGGGUUUAAGGUGCAUUCGAAAACGUCGCCCUCGGCGGACUUGUUUCGUCUACACUUGAAUGAACUGCAUAAAGCAGUCCGUCUUGAGGCAUAUCAGGUUUAGGGCCUCUGCCGGAACACGUGCUUUUGGUGCUGAGAAUGGAAGCGUGAUGAAGCAACUGACCCGGCUGCUCUGCACAUCGGUGACUGAUAGCCCGGAUCAGAUGGUUGAUAGGGUGGUCAGACUUGUGAAGAAAUUUGAUAAGAUUGAUGCUAGUAAGGUCACUGAAACUGCCAAUUUCCAGAAAGACUUGUCCCUGGAUAGCUUAGACAAGGUGGAACUUGUUAUGGCUCUCGAGCAGGAAUUCUCCAUCGAAAUCCCUGAAGAGGAAGCAGACAAGCUCGCCUGCUGUGCCGAUGUUGCUAGAUUCAUAGCUUCUGGUUCUGAAAAAGCUGCCGAGAACUUGUGAGUUCAUUUUCUGUAAUGUCGGCGGACGGGUGUUUCGCUGAUCUCUCUGCUUUAUUCAACUGAAUCGAAAUUCAAAGUUUUAUUAGUCGUUCUGAUUCGGAGGAAGAUGGAGAUUCUGUAUGCAAGGAUUGUGAAUUGCUGUAGCAAGGAGAACUCCAUUACCAGGUCUUGGUUCUGAUUUAUAAUUUGCCUCAAUGUUCAGCCUUUGUGUGACUUAGGUCACCUUGGACAUAGACAAGAACCUCUUUUGCCAUUAA